AACGUGCCACAUCAUGAAGCUCUUGUGGCAGGUAACUGUGUACCACACCUGGAAUGCCAUCCUGCUCCCCAUCGUCUACCUCACAGCGCAAGUGUGGAUUCUGUGUGUUGCCAUUGCCGCCGCCGCCGCUGCCGCCGCCUCCGCUGGGCCCCAGAACUGCCCCUCCGUCUGUUCGUGCAGUAACCAGUUCAGUAAGGUGGUGUGCACGCGGCGUGGCCUGUCUGAGGUCCCCCAGGGCAUUCCUUCUAACACCCGGUACCUCAACCUCAUGGAAAAUAACAUCCAGAUGAUCCAGGCUGACACCUUCCGGCACCUUCAUCACUUGGAGGUCCUGCAGUUAGGCAGGAACUCCAUCCGGCAAAUUGAGGUGGGGGCUUUCAAUGGCCUGGCCAGCCUCAACACCCUGGAGCUCUUUGACAAUUGGCUGACUGUCAUCCCUAGUGGGGCCUUUGAGUAUUUGUCUAAGCUUCGGGAGCUCUGGCUUCGAAAUAAUCCCAUUGAGAGUAUCCCCUCUUAUGCCUUUAACCGGGUGCCCUCCCUCAUGCGCCUGGAUUUGGGGGAACUUAAGAAGCUGGAAUAUAUCUCUGAGGGGGCUUUUGAGGGACUGUUCAACCUCAAGUACUUGAACUUGGGCAUGUGCAACAUCAAGGACAUGCCUAACCUCACACCCUUAGUGGGACUGGAGGAGCUUGAGAUGUCUGGGAACCAUUUCCCUGAGAUCAGGCCCGGCUCCUUCCGUGGCCUGAGCUCCCUUAAGAAGUUGUGGGUCAUGAACUCCCAGGUCAGCCUGAUUGAACGUAAUGCGUUUGACGGGCUGGCCUCACUAGUAGAACUCAACCUGGCCCACAACAACCUCUCCUCCUUACCCCAUGACCUGUUCACUCCGCUGAGGUACCUGGUGGAGCUGCACUUACACCACAACCCUUGGAACUGCGAUUGUGACAUUCUGUGGCUAGCUUGGUGGUUGCGAGAGUACAUCCCUACCAACUCCACCUGCUGUGGCCGCUGCCAUGCCCCCCUGCACAUGCGUGGCCGCUACCUUGUGGAGGUCGACCAGACUUCCUUCCAGUGUUCUGCUCCCUUCAUCAUGGAUGCACCCCGGGACCUCAACAUUUCCGAGGGUCGGAUGGCAGAACUCAAGUGUCGGACUCCCCCCAUGUCCUCUGUGCGGUGGCUGCUGCCCAAUGGGACAGUGCUCAGCCACGCCUCCCACCACCCACGGAUUUCUGUCCUCAGCGAUGGCACUCUGAACUUCUCUCAUGUGCUGCUCACAGACACAGGGGUGUACACUUGCAUGGUGACCAAUGUGGCAGGCAACUCCAACGCCUCGGCCUAUCUCAAUGUGAGCACGGCCGAGCUCAACACCUCCAACUACAGCUUCUUCACUACAGUCACGGUGGAGACCACAGAGAUCUCUCCCGAGGACACCACCCGCAAGUACAAGCCUGUGCCCACCACCUCCACCGGCUACCAGCCAGCUUACACCACCUCCACCACAGUGCUCAUCCAGACGACCCGAGUGCCCAAAGUGGCCGUGACUACGGCAGACACCAACGACAAGAUGCAGACCAGCCUGGAUGAGGUCAUGAAGACCACCAAGAUCAUCAUUGGCUGUUUUGUGGCAGUCACUCUGCUGGCUGCUGCCAUGUUGAUCGUCUUCUAUAAACUUCGUAAGAGGCACCAGCAGCGCAGUACAGUAUCAGCCGCCCGGACAGUUGAGAUUAUCCAAGUAGAUGAAGACAUGCCAGCAACCACAGCAACAGCGGCUUCAUCCAGUGUAUCAGGUGAGGGGGCAGUAGUGCUGCCCACAAUUCAUGACCAUAUUAACUACAACACCUACAAACCAGCACAUGGGGCCCACUGGACAGAAAACAGCCUGGGGAACUCUCUGCACCCCACAGUCACCACUAUCUCUGAACCUUAUAUAAUUCAGACUCACACCAAGGACAAGGUACAGGAAACUCAAAUAUGACUUUCCCUACCCCUCCAAAAAUUAUAAAAUGCAAUAGAAUGCACAAAAAAAAGACAGCAACUUUUGUACAGAGUGGGGAAAGACUUUUUUUUCUUGUAUAUGCUUAUAUAUUAAAUCUAUGGGCUGAUAAGAGAAAGAUUAUAUUAAAAUUUAAAAACAGAAACAAAAUCAAAACAAAAACUAUUUUUUAACUUGUAAGUUCUAUUUAAAGGGGAAUGGGGAAAGGGAAUUUUGGCAAUGUUUGUGUGUGUGUGGGGGUAGAUGACAGAAAAAAAAAUGACUUGUUAUCCUGCUACAGGGCUUUCUGGAAUAAGGUUGAAUCUGUUUAAAAAAAAAAAAAAAUAAAACAAAAUCUCUGAAGAGGUAGGGUAAGGGGGUGGGAAGGAUAGACUAAUACUGUCAUUUUUAGAAGAUGCUUCAUAGGAUGCAGUAAAUAUCCAUUUCUACAGACAUCUUUCUUAAUUCCCGAGAGCUGUCUUUGCAGGUUUAUAUUAAAAAGAAAAAGAAAAAGAAAAAAAAAAAAAAAAAAA